AUGUACAACCAACAUAUCAGGAUAUCCGACAGGGGUCUGGAGAACAGAACAGCCAUCAUCGACCACUGGUGGCCCCUGCCCUCAGACCUGUGCCCUAUCUGGAUCUACCUGGAUGUGCUGUUCUCCACAGCCUCCAUCAUGCACCUGUGUGCCAUCUCUCUGGACCGCUACAUCGCCAUCAGAAACCCCCUCCACCACAGCCGCUUCAACUCCCGAACCAAAGCUCGCCUCAAGAUCAUGGCUGUCUGGACCAUCUCUGUGGGUAUCUCCAUGCCCAUCCCUGUCCUAGGCCUGCGGGACCACACAAAGGUAUUUAAAGAUGGCAGCUGCCUGCUGACAGAUGACAGUUUCGUCCUAGUAGGCUCCUUCGUGGCCUUCUUCGUCCCCCUCACCAUCAUGGUGGUCACCUACUUCCUCACCAUCAGCGCCCUGCAGAAUGAGGCUACCCUCUGCCUGGACCAGCUGGUGCCCAGGCCCAAGUGGAGUGCCACCCUGACCCUGGGAUUCUUCCCACAGUCCUCGCUCUCCUCAGAGAAGCUCUUCUUCAGGCGUUCGCUCAGCCGCGACACGAGAGGGGUGGGAGGAGGGGUUGGCGGGGCUGGGGUGGACCCGCGGUACGGGCGUCGUACCAUGCAGUCAAUUAGCAAUGAGCAGAAGGCCACCAAGGUCCUGGGUGUGGUCUUCUUCUUGUUCGUGGUCAUGUGGUGUCCCUUCUUCAUCACCAAUGUGCUGGCAGUGGUGUGCAACCCCAUGAACUGUGACCCCUGGGUGAUGGGGGGGCUGCUGAAUGUGUUCGUGUGGGUGGGAUACCUCUCCUCAGCCGUCAAUCCUCUGGUAUACACUCUGUUCAACAAAACGUACCGUGCAGCCUUCUCCCGCUACGUACGCUGCCAGUACAGCCCGGAGAGGAAGCCUCUACAGCUCAUGUUGGUUAACACCAUCCCUCCACUGGCCUACAACUCCACCCACCUGCCCAUGGAGGAAAUGGGGUCCCUCAGGAAUGGGGCCCACAGUGGUGGAGGACCAAAUCAAACUCAGACAACGACAAGGCACCCAGGGACCAAGAUGAGAGCAUCAGCUGUGUGUGAGGCUGUGAGCCUGUGAGGACUGAAUUGCCCAUAAUCCUAGUGAGAUGUGCUGUGUUUUGAUCACGAUCUCGCCUUGUUUUUGGAAGGAAACCUUGGGAACGGAGGUUCCUGUGCUGGAAUGUGUUCAGUAGCUCUGUGGUGAGACUCAUGCAAGAGAGGAAUAUGUGAAGCGAGAGGGUCUGUCCACGCGCGAAUACAGUGAUAAGCUGUAGGAAGCAGGAAGUACAGAGAGAGGAAAAGACACAACCUGCCUCACAAACACUUAAACUAGUAACACCAGAAGAGAACAACUGAGCUAAAGCAAAAUUAUCAGCAAUAGCCAGGGGCCACGAGGGGAUACAUUUCCCCAAAAUGUUCAUACACAUAGCCGGGAUACCAGACUGUUUAGCUAACAUUCCACUCCUUGUGUGCCAAAGAUGUUUCACAAUGACACAUCAAGGAGUGGAUUAUUAACUAAACAGACUAGUACC